AUGCCUCGAACACUUCAGAAAGUGCACAAGCACAUUUCUAAAAAGCGCGGUGUUGUUGAAGCACUCCAUGAAAAUAGUCGAGAUGCCCAACGCCUACGCCGCGCCGGCGCCCGAGACGAGCGGCUGUCCCGCCAUGCCGCAACUACGCUGAAAGCCAGACAGCCAUACGUCGACCGAAUCGAAUACUUUCAUAAUGCCGUGCAAACAGUUUCCGAGCCGUUAUCGGACUCAGGGCUGGCCGAAAUUAUCGUUAAGUACGCUAUCACUACACCCGACGCACGAUCCUUUACUCAUAUGCGAUCCAGGUACAUCAAUCGUGACGCCGACGAGAUCGAGCAACUUCAGAAAGAGCGGCGCAAGGGCCGCCCACCGAGUCGACGGGAGGAGGCCUUGAAACAGCGGACGCAGACUGAGGACAAGGAGUUCAACACCGGGUUUUGGAUGCCGGAUCUCGGCGACCAGGACGUCCUGACAGCGCUGAAGAUAUGGAACGGGGAAUGGUCAGGGCUCAGCACUUUGAAGUUCAUUCGACUGAGAAAGGAUGCUGGGAAGCAGACGUCGACCUUUCCGCCCAAGGGCAUGUCAUGA